CACGCCCUCCUGGAGGACCUCGUGGAGAUGGAGAAGGUUCUGAAGGACGUGGACAUCCUCUCGGCUCUGGCCAAGCUGCUGCCCCAGGGCGCCUGUGCCAGCAAAGCACCCCCGCCCGCCACCAACAGCACCAGCUGGGGUGGCAACUUCACCGCCGGCACCAACUCCACCACGGAGGAGGGCGACAGGGAGCCCGUGGGAGAGAACCCCCAGGGCCAGCGCUCGGCCUUCGUGCAGCUCUGGGCAGGACUGCAGCCCAUCCUCUGCGGGAACAACCGCACCAUCGAGCCCGAGGCCCUGAAGCAGGGCAACAUGAGCUCCUUGGGCUUUACCAGCAAGGAGCAGCGUAACCUGGGACUGCUGGUGCACCUCAUGACCAGCAAUCCCAAGAUCCUUUACUCUCCUGUCGGGACGGAGGUGGACAAGGUCAUCCUGAAGGCCAAUGAGACCUUUGCCUUCGUCGGGAACGUGACUCGCUACGCCCAGGUCUGGCUGAAUGUCUCCUCUGAGAUCCGGGGCUUCCUGGAGGAGGGCAAACUGCAGCGGCGGAUCCGCUGGCUUCAGGAGUUCACCACCGACCUCCACAAACACCCCGAGAUCCUGAACGCUUCGGACAACAACCUCCUCCGUAGCUUCAUCAACGGCAACUUCUCGCUGCCCAACGCCAGCGCCCUGCUGCAGCAGCUGGACACCAUCGACAACGCCGCCUGCGGCUGGAUCCAGUUCAUGUCCAAGGUCAGCGUGGACAUCUUCAAGGGCUUCCCCGACGAGGAGAGCAUUGUGAACUACACGCUGAACCAGGCCUACCAGGACAACGUCACGGUGUUUGCCAGUGUGAUCUUCCAGACCAACAAGGAUGGCUCCCUGCCCCCCCAUGUGAUGUACAAGAUCCGGCAGAACUCCAGUUUCACCGAGAAGACCAACGAGAUCCGGCGGGCGUACUGGCGGCCGGGCCCCAACACGGGCGGGCGCUUCUACUUCCUCUACGGUUUCGUGUGGAUCCAGGACAUGAUGGAGCGAGCCAUAAUCAACACCUUCGUGGGCCAUGACGUGGUGGAGCCUGGCAACUACGUGCAGAUGUUCCCGUACCCGUGUUACACCAGGGACGAUUUCCUGUUCGUCAUCGAGCACAUGAUGCCCUUGUGCAUGGUGAUCUCCUGGGUCUAUUCGGUGGCGAUGAUGAUCCAGCACAUUGUGGCGGAGAAGGAGCAUCGGCUGAAAGAGGUGAUGAAGAUGAUGGGCCUGAACAACGCAGUCCACUGGGUGGCCUGGUUCAUCACCGGUUUUGUCCAGCUCUCCAUCUCCGUCACCGCGCUCACCGCCAUCCUGAAAUACGGCAAGGUCCUGAUGCACAGCGAUGUCUUCAUCAUCUGGCUCUUCCUCGCCAUCUACGCCGUGGCCACCAUCAUGUUCUGUUUCCUGGUGUCCGUGCUCUAUUCCAAGGCCAAGCUGGCCUCAGCCUGCGGAGGCAUCAUCUACUUCCUGAGCUACGUCCCCUACAUGUACGUCGCCAUCCGGGAAGAAGUGGCCCACGAUAAGAUCACGGCCUUCGAGAAGUGCAUCGCCUCUCUCAUGUCGACCACGGCCUUCGGGCUGGGCUCCAAGUACUUUGCGCUGUACGAGGUGGCCGGCGUGGGCAUCCAGUGGCACACCUUCAGCCAGUCGCCCGUGGAAGGCGACGACUUCAACCUGCUGCUCUCCAUGAUGAUGCUGAUCGUGGAUGCCGUGGUCUAUGGUGUGCUGACGUGGUACAUCGAGGCCGUGCACCCAGGCAUGUACGGGCUCCCCCGGCCCUGGUACUUCCCCUUCCAGAAAUCCUACUGGCUCGGGAAUGGGCGGGUCGAAACCUGGGAGUGGAGCUGGCCCUGGUCUAGAACCACCCGCCUCAGCAUCAUGGAGGAGGAUCAGGCCUGCGCCAUGGAGAACAGGCGGCUGGAAGAGACGCGUGGCAUAGAGGAGGAGCCGAACCACCUGCCGCUCGUCGUGUGCGUGGACAAGCUCACCAAGGUCUACAAGACGGACAAGAAGCUGGCGCUGAACAAGCUGAGCCUGAACCUCUACGAGAACCAAGUGGUGUCCUUCCUGGGGCACAACGGGGCGGGCAAGACCACCACCAUGUCCAUCCUGACUGGCCUCUUCCCCCCAACCUCGGGCUCUGCUACCAUCUAUGGCCACGACAUCCGGACGGAGAUGGACGAGAUCCGGAAGAACCUGGGCAUGUGUCCCCAACACAACGUGCUCUUCGAUAAACUGACAGUGGAGGAGCACCUCUGGUUCUACUCGCAGCUUAAGAGCAUGGCGGAGGAGGAGAUCCGCAAGGAGAUGGACAAGAUGAUCGAAGAUCUGGAGCUGUCCAACAAGCGGCACUCCCUGGUGCAGACUCUGUCAGGAGGGAUGAAGAGGAAGCUGUCGGUGGCCAUCGCCUUUGUGGGUGGAUCGCGGGCUGUUAUCUUGGAUGAGCCCACUGCUGGUGUUGACCCGUACGCACGUAGGGCCAUUUGGGAUCUGAUCCUCAAAUACAAACCUGGAAGGACCAUCCUGCUCUCCACACAUCACAUGGACGAGGCCGACCUGCUCGGGGACCGCAUCGCCAUCAUCUCCCAUGGCAAGCUCAAGUGCUGCGGCUCCCCACUCUUCCUCAAGAGCACCUACGGGGAUGGCUACAAGCUGACGGUGGUGAAGAAGCAGUCAGACUCCAGGAACGGCACAGACUCGGGGCAGACGCACAGCCCUCCCUCCCACUCCUCCGCCAGCCCCUGCUCCGAGCCCCGCGUCACCCAGUUCAUCAAGAAGUACGUGGCCUCCUGCCUGCUGAUCUCCAACACCAACACGGAGCUCUCCUACAUCCUGCCCAGCGAGGCCGUCAAGAAGGGUUGCUUCGAGAGGCUCUUCCAGCACCUGGAGCAGAGCCUGGGGGAGCUGGAGCUGACCAGCUUCGGGCUGAUGGACACUACCCUGGAGGAGGUCUUCCUCAAGGUGUCGGAGGAGGACCUGUCGCUGGAGAACAGCGAUGUCGACAUGAAGGAGUCCAAGAAAGACACCCUGCAGCCACCGGCUCCCCAGAUGGGCCUGAAGCCCGAGGCCAACGGGGAGCCCCUUCCUGACGCGGAGGCACCCGAGAAGCCGGAGGUGGAGCUCAGCAACCUGGUGGCCUGCUCCAACCUGGCCCAGUCGCAGGCGUCCCUGCGCUCGGCGUCCUCUGUGGGCUCCGUGCGGGGCGAUGAAGGUGGGGCUUAUUCGGAGUUCUAUGGGGAUUAUUCUCCGUUGUUUGAUAAUCUGCAGGACCCCGAUAACGUCAGUCUGCAAGAGGCUGACGCCGAGGCCGUGGACCAGCCCCUGGGGGGACAGGGGAGCUUUAAGCUGGAGGGCUCCUGGCUCAAGCUGCGCCAGUUCCAUGGGCUGAUCGUCAAACGCUUCCACUGUGCCAAGCGCAACACCAAGGCCCUCUUCUCGCAGAUCCUGCUGCCCGCCUUCUUCGUCUGCGUGGCCAUGACGGUGGCGCUCUCUGUGCCCGAAAUAGGUGACCUGCCUCCUCUGAUCCUCUCGCCGUCCCAGUAUCACAACUACACCCAGCCCAAGGGCAACUUCAUCCCCUAUGCCAAUGAGGAGCGGCGCGAAUACCGCAUAAAGCUGUCACCCGACGCCAGCCCCCAGCAGCUCGUCAAUACCUUCCACUUGCCCUCUGGGGUGGGGGCCACCUGUGUGCUGAAGACGGCCUUCAAUAGCACCCUGGACCAGCUGGUGCAGACCCUGAACCUCAACAGCAACGAGUCCAAGAUGCUGGCGGCCAAGUACUUCGACGCUAUGUGCGUCAAUUCCUUCACCCAGGGCCUGCCACUCUCCAACUUCGUGCCACCGCCCCCCUCCCCGGCCCCCUCCGACUACCCCGUCUCCCUGGAUGACGACAUGGUGCAUGCCUGGAACUCCACCACGUAUCCCUCCACUGUCAAAGAGACCGUCACUUUGGCCCCGUCCCUGCCCAGCGUCAUCCACGAGCCCAUCAGAUGCACCUGCUCCAUGCAGGGGACGGGCUUCUCCUGUCCCAGCGGCGUGGGAGGCCACCCGCCCCAGAUGAAGGUGGUGACCGGGGACAUCCUGGCGGACAUCACCGGGCGCAACGUCUCGGAGUACAUGCUGUACACGUCGGACCGCUUCCGGCUGCACAGGUAUGGAGCGAUCACCGUUGGCAACGUCCAGAAAUCCAUCCCAGCGUCCUUUGGCGCCCAGGCCCCUCCCAUGGUGCGGAAGAUCGCGGUCAGGAGAACAGCCCAGGUCUUCUACAACAACAAGGGCUACCACAGUAUGCCCACCUACCUGAACGUGCUGAACAACGCCAUCCUGCGGGCCAACCUGCCCAAGAGCAGAGGGAACCCCGCCGCCUACGGCAUCACAGUGACCAACCAUCCGAUGAACAAGACGAGCGCCAGCCUCUCCCUGGAUUACCUCCUGCAAGGCACGGAUGUGGUCAUCGCCAUCUUCAUCAUUGUGGCCAUGUCCUUCGUGCCGGCCAGCUUCGUGGUGUUCCUGGUGGCUGAGAAGGCCACCAAAGCCAAGCACCUGCAGUUCGUGAGCGGCUGCGACCCGGUGAUCUACUGGCUGGCCAACUACGUCUGGGACAUGCUGAAUUACCUGGUGCCGGCCACAUGCUGCAUCAUCAUCCUCUUCGUGUUCGACCUCCCGGCGUAUACGUCCCCCACCAACUUCCCAGCCGUCCUCUCGCUCUUCCUGCUCUAUGGCUGGUCCAUCACCCCCAUCAUGUACCCAGCCUCCUUCUGGUUCGAGGUGCCCAGCUCAGCAUACGUCUUCCUGAUCGUUAUCAACCUCUUCAUUGGCAUCACGGCCACUGUCGCCACCUUCCUGCUGCAGCUCUUCGAGCACGACAAGGACCUGAAGGUCGUUAACAGCUACCUGAAGAGCUGCUUCCUCAUCUUCCCCAACUACAACCUGGGCCACGGGCUGAUGGAAAUGGCCUACAACGAGUACAUCAACGAAUACUACGCCAAGAUCGGGCAGUUUGAUAAAAUGAAAUCACCCUUUGAGUGGGACAUUGUGACCCGGGGCCUGGUCGCCAUGACGAUUGAAGGCUUCGUAGGUUUCUUCAUCACCAUCAUGUGCCAAUAUAACUUCCUCCGGAAACCACAGCGGCUGCCCGUCUCCAACAAGCCCAUCGAGGACGACGUCGACGUGGCCAACGAACGGCACCGGGUCCUGCGCGGCGAUGCCGACAACGACAUGCUCAAGAUUGAGAAUCUCACCAAGGUGUACAAAUCCCGCAAGAUCGGGCGCAUCCUGGCCGUGGACCGUCUGUGCGUGGGCGUGCGGCCCGGGGAGUGCUUUGGGCUGCUGGGCGUCAAUGGGGCGGGGAAGACCACCACCUUCAAGAUGCUGACUGGGGACGAGAGCACCACCGGAGGGGAGGCCUUCAUCAACGGGCACAGCAUCCUGAAGGAGCUCCUCCAGGUGCAGCAGAGCCUGGGCUACUGCCCGCAGUUUGACGCGCUGUUCGACGAGCUCACGGCGCAGGAGCACCUGGAGCUCUACACCCGGCUGCGUGGCAUCCCCUGGAAGGACGAGGAGAGGGUGGUGAAGUGGGCGAUGAAGAAGCUGGAGCUCACCAAAUACGCCGACAAGCCGGCCAGCACCUACAGCGGGGGCAACAAGAGGAAGCUGUCCACGGCCAUCGCCCUGAUUGGCUUCCCUGCCUUCAUCUUCCUGGACGAGCCGACGACAGGCAUGGACCCCAAGGCCCGGCGCUUCCUGUGGAACCUCAUCCUGGACAUCAUCAAAACGGGCCGCUCUGUGGUGCUGACGUCCCACAGCAUGGAGGAGUGCGAGGCGCUCUGCACCAGGCUGGCCAUCAUGGUGAACGGGCGGCUCAAGUGUCUCGGCAGCAUCCAGCACCUGAAAAACAGGUUUGGAGAUGGCUACAUGAUCACGGUGCGGACCAAGUCCAGCCUCAGCGUCAAGGAGGUGGUGCGGUUCUUCAACAGGAACUUCCCCGAGGCCAUCCUCAAGGAGCGACACCACACCAAGGUGCAGUACCAGCUCAAGUCUGAGCAGAUCUCGCUGGCCCAGGUCUUCAGCAAGAUGGAGCAGGUGGUGGACGUGCUGGGCAUCGAGGAUUACUCCGUCAGCCAGACCACGCUGGAUAACGUGUUUGUGAAUUUUGCCAAGAAGCAAAGCGACAACCUGGAGCAGCAGGAGACCAGCCCCAACUGCUCGAUCCAGUCCCCGCUGGAGCACAUCCUGAGCCUGCUGCGGCCCCGCGCCGCCCCUACCGAGCUGCGGGCCCUGGUGGUGGAGGAGCCCGAGGACCUGGAGACAGAUGACGAGGGCUUGAUCAGCUUCGAGGAGGAGAGGGCUCAGCUCUCCUUCAACACGGACACUCUCUGCUGA